AUGGCUUUCUUUUUCAAUCGCGGCCGGCGGCAACCCGCCGAGAUCGUACGGUCGACCAAAGAAUUACUGCUGCGGAUCCAUGACUCUCAAAGUGCUCCCAAGGCCGAGGAGGAACUGGCCAAGCAACUGAAUCACAUGAAGGUGAUGGUACAAGGAACCCAAGAGGUCAGCACAUCACCGGAACAAGUCCAUGCACUUGUACAAGCGACACUUCAGGAGGAUCUACUCUUCGAUCUAUCUCAAAGUAUUCAUUUGCUCCCCUUCGAGGCCCGAAAAGACACACAGACCAUAUUCUCCCAUAUCCUUCGCUUCCGACCCGUCGCAUAUUCAAGUGAAAAGGAUCCCCCUGUCAUCUCGUAUCUCGUCCACCAUCGACCAGAAAUCAUUAUUGAAUUAUGCCGAGGCUAUAUGCAAAGUCAAAGUGCUAUGCCAUGUGGAGUCAUCCUCCGAGAAGCAUUGAAGUUCGACGUGAUUACCGCGAUUGUACUAUAUGAUCAGUCAAGCGAAGGAGAGUCGGCUAUACGCCUCUCAGAAGUGAAACCCAACCUCCCGCAACGAGGAGAUGGCGUGUUCUGGCAAUUCUUUGAUUGGAUCGACAAAAGCAACUUUGAAGUCAGCGCCGAUGCAUUCACCACAUUCAGGGAGAUUUUGACCCGGCAUAAGAGUCUCGUGACUUCGUACUUGGCGACCAACUUUGAAUUGUUCUUUGGGCGAUUCAAUAACAUCCUGAUUCACUCGGACUCAUAUGUGACCAAGCGUCAGAGUAUUAAACUUCUGGGGGAGAUCUUGUUGGACCGUGCGAACUACAAUGUGAUGAUGGCAUAUGUGGAGAGUGGAGAGAAUCUCAAACUCUGUAUGAAACUACUGCGGGACGACCGCAAAAUGGUGCAAUACGAGGGAUUCCAUGUGUUCAAGGUGUUCGUGGCCAACCCGACCAAAUCGGUGGCAGUGCAACGCAUUCUGAUCAAUAACCGUGAUCGACUGUUGCGAUUUCUACCGAAAUUCCUGGAAGAUCGAACUGAUGACGACCAAUUUACGGAUGAGAAGAGUUUCCUGGUCCGCCAGAUUGAACUUUUGCCCAAGGAGCCUGUGGACCGGGCUCGGCCAACUCGCGACUCGCCGACUGCUAACACGACCGCUGUCGCUUGA